AUGAGUGAACACAAAAAUGUGCUUCUGCUUAUCGCAGAUGACCUCGGAAAACAACUGAGCUGCUACGGGUCAAAGAGCAUUCUCACACCAAAUAUUGAUCGGCUUGCGGAUGGGGCCACUCGGUUUGAUUAUGCCUUUGCGAGUACUGCCUCGUGUAGUGGAAGUCGCUCUGUCAUAUAUACCGGUCUUCAUACUCAUCAGAAUGGACAAUACGGACUCGCAAGUCAUCGACAUCAUUUCGUCACCUUUGAUCACGUCGAAACUCUGCCCCACUUACUGAAUCAAAGUGGCUACCGGACGGGUAUUUUGGGCAAGAUCCAUGUCGGACCAUCUAACGUCUAUCCUUGGAAGGAGAGAAAGGAAAGCGUCACUCGUGAUGUCGCCGUUAUUGCCGACCAAGCCAGGUCUUUCCUUCAUGACGUUAAGCAAAGUCAUCAGCCUUUUAGCUUGACUGUUGGGUUCCACGAUCCUCAUCGUGAUCAAACCCGGGGUGGAUUUGGCAAUGACGCGGAAUACGAUUCUCGGGUUACUAAAGGCAAUUAUAAUGCAGAGAAUGUUGAAGUUCCGCCAUUCAUUACCGAUUCUCCUGGAGCUCGAUCGGAAUUGGCCGAGUACUACAACUCGAUACAUCGGCUCGAUCAAGGCGUGGGGAUGAUUCUGGAUGCGCUGGAUGAUUCAGGCCUGGCUCAGUCUACUCUCGUGAUUUUCAUUAGCGACAACGGGCCACCGUUCAUCAAUUCCAAGACCACACUGUUUGAUGCUGGAGUCCGACUACCCUUGAUUAUAAGACAUCCCGGGUCUUCGCCAGCUAUCAGUACAAAUAUGGUGUCAUAUGUCGAUAUUCUUCCCACUGUUUUGGAUUUUGUUAAUCAUCCAGGGGCGAAGGAUCCCGCAGGCAAGCGUCUCGGACGCUCCCUUCUUCCUUUGCUUGGAACCGCGUCUGGAUAUCCAAAAUUCGAUCAUGUCUUCGGCUCUCAUACCUUCCACGAGGUAACAAACUAUUGGCCGACUCGUUUUAUCCGAGACCGACGGUACAAGUACCAUCGAAACCUGGCGUGGCGUUUGGACUUUCCAUUUGCGGCUGACUUGUACGGGUCACUCUCAUGGGAAGAUAUUCGAAAUUCAACGGAAAAAGAGAUCAUGAUUGGCGGCCGAAGACUGGAAGAUUAUUUCUUUCGCGCACCAGAAGAGCUGUAUGAUUUGGAAAUUGACCCGGAUGAAGUGAAUAACUUGGUGAAGGACCAUGAAUAUGCAGAAGUAUUAGAAAACCUGAGAUCGAGACUGGAGAGCUGGCAACGUCGAACUGAGGACCCUUGGCUGUACCGGGAUGGAGUUUCAUUAUGGUUCAUACGCAAUCACAUCAAAAAUGGGUUAAGGGUCCCGGAUAGAUUGGACUUUGAUCAAAAUGAGCCAGGCAACCACCAAAGUGAAGGAUUCGUAAAGGAGACACGCUGGGGAGACGAUGUUCCAGAGUCAUAUUGA